UCCUUUUCCAAACAGGCUGGGUUUUGUUGAAAACUGUUUUGAAAGGGAGAGCGUUGACUGGCUGCUCUUGCCAGGGGGGAGCCCCAAGUGUCGACCUGUUCCCCUUCUCCUUGCAAUCAUUUGUUAUGGAGCAAGUUGGGGCUGUUGUCAGCCCCAUCAGGCCUGCUAGCCCCGGCUAGUAUCUGCAGAAGUAUUGACCUCUUGCCCAGCCACCGGGGAGAGCAGCCCUGCUCAGAUUAGCACCGCUCUGGGUAUUUGCAGAGGAGGCAGGAUACACAAAUCUGUCCAGUUGUUUGCAGAAGUUUUUUCCUCUGGCUUGCUGUGGCUGUAGGUGUUGAGGGCCUGCUCCAAAGGCCCUGAGCUGCUGGGAAGACUCACCACUGCCUUCAAUGGCUGUGGAUCAGUCCCCAAAUGUUUCUGAGACAAUAGAUAAACUAAAGCCUUACUAGAGAGGGGACCUGCAACAGCUGCUGACCCUGGCCCCUAUCCUGCAAACUGGCACAUGUUGCACUAUUGCCCAGGAGAUUGCUUAAUAGAUUACACCUAUGCUUAACUUUAUUAUUUGCAUUGAAAUAGCACUUAGCGGCUCUUGGCCAGAUCAGAGCCUGGGAGUGCUAGACCCUUCCCCCCCCGCCCCACACACAGAGCUUAGUGUGAAUGCGCCAGCCAGCCAGUGGGGUAAAGAGCGUGCUGAAGUCAUGUAAUCAAGAUAUGGCAAAGGCAAAGCUAGAAUCCAAGUCUCCUGACUCGCAGCCCGGAGUCCCUUUCCAGCCUUGUAGCCCAGACCAGCUCCCUGCUGUGAGAGGUGUUGGUAAGGGAAGGGAUUGCCACUGCUCACAGAACACAGAGUGGGGUGAAUGGGCUGCUCUGCAGCUGGAGAAGCCAGGAGGAUGGUCUUUCGAAGGGGCAGGGUCUGUGAAUGGAUAGUAACUGCACAGGUGGCUGGGUUAGGGGAUCACUGAAAUCCCUCACAAGUAAGGGGCUGUGUAACAGCACUCACUGUUGAAGACUCAAGCUUCAUUGUAGGCACCUCCUAACUCUGAUCAUUUAUCCACGAGAAAUAAACAGUACGGGCUAGAAUCUGACCUCUUGAUGCCCAGGGGCUAGUAGGCUAUUGAGUAGCCUGGGAGGGCUGCUUGCAGGAUAGCAUACUAGCCCUCUGGCUUUGGGAGACUAGCAUCUAGCCUUUAAAAACCCAUUUCUCCUUUCACAAAUUAUAUAGGCCUUGCCAAACCAGCUGAGGUUUUACUUGGGAGUGACUGUAACUGGCGAUGCUUUGCUAUUUCACCCCGGAUCGCUCGUCCUGGAACGGAGAUGUUUCUUGGGCACAGAAGACUGAUGCUACUGCAGAAACCCCUUCAUAGAAACAAUGGAGUGAGAGUAAUUUACCAACCCCGAGCAUUCAAGAAACCAGGAGUCAGCACCCUCCCCUCCUAAAAAAAUACAAGAUUGGCUUUAAAAAUCAUGAGAGUUCUGGUCUUUGAGCCUCUAGGGUUUGUGUUCAGUGUGCCACUGUGAGGGCUAGAAAAUCACUACGCUGAAAUUACUGCGUACUGGCGUGAUGCAGGGGGCCUGGGGCUUUGAGAAAGACACCAGCGCUGAGACUUGUGAUAAAAUCAUGAGAGCUGGCAACCGGGAGGUGAGUUUGGGUUCCCAGGUGCAAUUGGGCUGGAUGCUAACGCUGGAGCAGAAGUCAUGGAUGCUGCAUCCCACCCCGCCCCGCCAGUUAUUCCGGUCUUGUGUUGCACAGGAACUGACCGUGCAAGCACUGGAUCCCACACAGCUACUAGUAAAAGAACAGCAUUAAGGCUGGCGAGCGGAGCGCAGGAACCCACAAGCUGGCAGGCUGGACAAGAGCAGGGAUCCAUCUACACCAGUGGCCAGCCCCAGCUUUUUCAGAAGCUUCCCCACCCACGAGCAAUUAUAGGGCAACAUUUUUACCUACUCCAAAGGUCAGUUCAUGGCCUGAAACAUGAGGGGUUAGGGCCCUUCCAAACUUGGAGGGGGGGGAGAUUGUUUUUAACUCAUGUAUGUUUUCAUUACCAACAGAAGUGUUCAGUCUUUUUGUGGGUCCAGCUGAGCUUGUGGCCUCAGUGGUGUCUGUGGCAAUGAGUUCUGCAGGGUAACUGGGCCCUGUGUAAACUUUUUCCUCAUAUUGCUUUUAAAUCUGCUGCUUUUCACUGAUUGAGUAGCAUCUUGUGCUCUGAAGGAUGCAUUGAAAUCAUCUACCUUCCUUCUCUCUCCAGUCAUGUUGUAUUCUAUCAUGUCCCUUUAUAUUUAUCUCCUAACAGCUCCGUCCUUUCCCUCAAAAGCUAGAAAAUGCCAGAAUUAAGCUUGCCCAUAUAAUCUUAAUUCUGCCCUUGGUGGGUAUGAAUUGUGGGACAGUCUCUCAUUACAUGAUCAAACUGGCUCUCGACUAGGCUAUUUUCACUGCCCAGGAGAGGGAAAUGCAACCAGCAGCGUCCACAGUGAACAGUCUCUGAGAGCUCAUUUUAAUGCUAAUCUUGCGACGCGUUAUCUGUAGACCUGGAUCCUUGUCUUUUUAAAUAUGUGACUUUUAGCUAAUUGGGACCCAAUAACUCCUGUGCUUGCAACAGCCCAUACUGAUAAAUGUGCUGGAUCAGUGCCCUGGAGGACAGACUUCAGGGCCCCAGUCCCAGGGAGAAAGGACCUGUUUUGUCCUUGCAAACGCACAGUUUAAAACAAGCCAGCAGGGAUAUUUCAAUCCCACGCAGGUGCUGCCUCUGUCUUCGUUAACACGGUGUGACACAUUAUCCGCCAUGCACACAGCUAAGCAUGUGACCCCAGGGCUUUCUGAACACUAACUGGUGGGAAGAGACCUCUGCACCGUGCUGGUCCCAGCUGACCUUGCAUGCUCAGAUCUUCCCUUUGCCAGGACACCAGCAACCAGAAGCAGCUGCAGCACGCCAGCUGUUCCCAACCCCCAGUGUCAGAAGCAAUAACAGCACCCAGCAAAGAGCCUCCCAGAUUCAUUCAGCCCUCGCUGUCCCCAGGUUCCCGACAGGCUUGGUACGAGAGUUGGGAUGUUAGAGGUCAGGGGAGAAGGAGCAAACAGUUGUAACUUCAGGGAUUUGCUGUUUAAAGAAACAGACGCUAAAGCCCCUUCUUUGUCCCAUGUUCCCUAGGGCUGGCAAUGUCCUUGCAGUAAGGAGCUUAGAGCUGUCUGAGCUCAGCCAGUUCCAAGGUUGCAGGAGCUUUUCUUCUGCAGCAGGGGCGGGGUGGCUGGCAAGUGGGUCACUGAGCCGUGGAACGGAGCCCUGGCCCGCUCUGGGCUGGGAGAAGCCGGGACCUGGAGCCAGUGGAUUGCACCAGCAGCUGACACCCCACUGCAGCCAUGAGCCUGGAGCCCCCCAAGCUGGAGAUCAAGUCAGCCACCAGGGUGACUGGAGGGCCAGCCACCCCCAGGAAAGGGCCCCCCAAAUUCAAACAGAGGCAAACCAGGCAGUUCAAGAGCAAGCCACCCAAGAAGGGGACCCAAGGGUUCGGUGAUGACAUUCCUGGCAUGGAGGGGCUGGGAACAGACAUCACCGUGAUUUGCCCCUGGGAAGCUUUCAGUCACCUGGAACUCCACGAGCUGGCGCAGUACGGCAUCAUCUAGCCGGCCCCUGAGCAUGUGUCUCACGGCAGCCCACAGAGUGUCACUAUUUAUACAGAGGGGGCUGCAGCCACUUUCGCUGCUAGUGACGAGACCAGCCUCAACAAGCUCUUUCAAAUAAACACGCUCAGUCGAAUCUGCUCUGAGUCUGACCUGGCUUUCCAAGCCAGCUCUAUUCCACCCUUGAUGCUCCCAUGCAGCCUGGAUGUGUUGGAUUUCCCCAAGACACGCUGUGUACCA